GCCCCUGUCCAAUGGAGGAACCGACGGCGGCCGGCCCCGACUGGUCCAAUCUGCCGCCAGACGUCCUCACCACCGUCCUCGGCGAGCUCGAGUUCCCGGACCUCUUCCGCGCCGCCGCAGUCUGCGCGGCCUGGCGCGCCACCGCCCGCGCCCUCCGUCGCCUCGGGAUCUACCGCCGCCCCCAAACCCCCUGCCUCCUCUACACCAGCGCCGCCGCCGGCCCCCGCGCCGCCGAGCUCUUCAGCCUCGCCGACAAGAAGGCCUACAGGGCGCGCCUCCCGGACCCCCCCAUCGGGGAGCGCAACAUCGUCGGCUCCUCGCACGGCUGGCUCGUCACCGCCGACGCCCGCUCCGAGCUCCACCUCCUCAACCCCGCCACCGGCGAGCAGGUCGCGCUCCCCUCCGUCGCCACCAUCGAGCAGGUGAGCCCCGUCUUCGACCGCAACGGCAACCUCGAAAGGUACGACCUUUCACUUCACGGCGACGAACCACAGCCCUAUGGUUUAGACGAGCUCCGGGGUGUCCUAUAUCUCAAGGUCGUACUGUCCGGCGACCCCGCGUUGGGGGAUUGCACUGCCGUGGUGAUUCACAAUCCCUAUAGGGAUCUCUCGUUCGCGAGGGUCGGCGAUGACAAGUGGCACUGGAUCCCUUCGGCACCCGGUGAACCACCGCACUACUCCGACUGCAUAUUUGGCGACGACGGCGCGCUCUAUGCGAUGAAUCUCCUCGGAGGGAUCCAUCGCUACGCCAUUGAAGGUCCUCGUGCCGCCCGAGAUAUGAUUUUCAAGGACACUUCGCCAUUCGAGGCAUAUAAUAUGUACAUAUCCAAGACUUCGUCUGGCAGUGUGCUGCAAAUAUGGAGGUACAAGAGGGAGACAAGUGGUGAGCAAGAAGAGAUGCAUACAGUUGGUAUUGAGAUAUACAGGGCUGACCUUGAAAAGCAGCAGACAGUUCGUGUGCGGAAUUUGGGGGAUGACGCGUUGUUCAUCGGGCGCAACUACACUUGUUGCCUUUCCACAAAGGACUACCUAAGCCUGCUGCGGAACCAUGUCUAUUUCACUGAUGAUGACGAGUACUGGCUGCUGGAUGCGAAAGACAAUCGUCGGGAUGUUGGAAUGUUAAAUUUGGAGGGUUUAAUUGCCAAUGAUGUGGUGUCUCCCCAACCAUGGUUGAAUUGGCCAGUUCCCGUAUGGAUCACUCCAAAUUUUAAUAAGAUCCACAAAUAGCUAGGUUUCCAGUAUAAGGACGUUACUGGGAAGGGAAUGCUCUUGCUUCUCAUCAAUAAUUUACUACAGAACUAUUCUGACUGGAGAUAUCCGUUGAGCUGUUGUUUUUGUUAGGGCAAGCAAGCAGAAAGAAUUAAUUUAUCUGGUGGUCAGCCUGGCGAAGGAUUUAGGAAAAUGUUCCCUAGGGGAAGGAGAAAAUAAUGUUUAUGGUGGCUGAAAUCGAAGUUGCUCUGCGAAGAAGACCAGAUAUCAGUGGGAAUAGAAUGCUCUUGCUUCUCAUCAAUAAUUUACUCCAGAACUAUUCUUGCAUUUCUAUUAGCUUAAACCGAAGGCUGGUCUAUAUGGGCUUAACCUGCAGGAUGGGAGCGUCUUAAAUCUUUUAAUUCACUGUGACAUGUCCAUGUUGAUUACAGUGGCAGCAGCCUCUUAUGGUCCACAUGCCAACAAGGUCAGGAUUAAAUUGUUCAAACACACGAAACUUUCAGUGGCAUUUUAACUUCCUAGAAAUGCCUGCUCCGCUGCGCCCUUUCCUGUGGCAUUGAGAAGAUUCAUGAGGAUUUUACCUUCUUAUUUCGUUGUUUUAUGAUGUUUUCCGCAUAAGGAUGAGAAACAUGAUUUUUCUGCAAAGCCGAGGCAGAUUGGCAUCUUUGCCGCCCUUCAACUCCAGCAGCUUCUUCAUUUGUAGAGAUAUCAAAAACUCUAGGUUUGACACAUACGCAUCUCAUUAAGACGGAUUUAAAAUCCUGCUGUACUCCGCUGCGCCCUUUCCUGUGGCAUUGAGAAGAUUCAUGAGGAUUUUACCUUCUUAUUUCGUUGUUUUAUGAUUUUACCUUGACACUAUACAUUGAACUCCCACUGAAACUUACUUCUAGACCUUGGAUGUGACCAAGUAUGGGACAACUGUAAUUAUGUGGGACAACUGUAAUAACACACCUUCCUUUUUUUUUUGUU